UGUAUAGAAUUUGGCGACUCGCCACUGAUUGCUGCUUCACAAUCAGGGCAUUUGACUGUUGUGGAGAAACUAAUCAAUCAUGGCGCUAGCAUAAACCAAUGCAAUGUGUACGGCGACUCGCCACUGACUUCUGCUUCACAAUCAGGGCAUUUGACGGUUGUGGAGAAACUGAUCAAUCAUGGCGCUGACAUAAACCAAUGUAAUGAAUGUAACAGGUCGCCACUGAUUGCUGCUUCACAAUCAGGGAAUUUGACUGUUGUGGAGAAACUGAUCAGUCAUGGCGCUAACAUAAACCAAUGCCAUAUGUUCGGCGACUCGCCACUAGCUUCUGCUUCACAAUCAGGGCAUUUGACUGUUGUGGAGAAACUGAUCAAUCAUGGCGCUGACAUAAACCAAUGUAAUGAAUAUAACAGGUCGCCACUGAUUGCUGCUUCACAAUCAGGGCAUUUGACUGUUGUGGAGAAACUGAUCAGUCAUGGCGCUUGUAUCAAUCAAUGUGCUAAAUUUGGCGAGUUCCCAUUAUUUGUUGCUUCACAAUCAGGGCAUCUAAAUGUUGUUGAAAAACUAAUCAAUUGUGGCGCUGACAUUAAUCAAUGUAAUAAAUAUGGUAGGUCGCCACUAUAUGUUGCUUCACAAUCAGGGCAUUUGACAGUUGUGAAGAAACUGACCAAUCAUGGCGCUAACAUAAACCAAUGUGAUAAUUGUGGCAAUUAUCCAUUAUCUGCUACAUUUCGAUCUAGCCAACAGCCAGUUGUAGAGGAAUUUAUUGAACAUGGUAAAACACUGAAUGAGAGAUCAAGUAAUGUACAUUACGAAAGUAUAAUGAAAUCAGAGAUAAACGAAUUAGUGAAUAAAGAAAAAGAUCGAUUUAACGAAUAUAUGAAUGAAAAACCUCAAAGUGGAAAACAGUUAAAAACUAGCAGCCAGGAAUUAUACAAAACAAGAUCUGAAGUGGUGAAGAUCCCUUACGAUUCAGAAAUAUAUUCACGAAGUACGAAUGAUUUUGCUUUUGAACGCUCAGAAAGGAACAGAAAAUAUUUGAGAUGUGAAAUACAGUAA